UCUCUCUCUCUCUGUCUCUCUCUGGUGCGCGUUCACAACACUAACCUUGGCUCGACGUCAGAGCCUGUGCAGCAGUGCAGUAUAAUGGGAGCGCAAGCAACCCAGAGCGCCUCAUAGGGGGCUGCAUAUCGCUGCUGUAUCCUCUGCUUGGCGCUCUCUAGCCCCUCUCUCCAACCCUCUCCAAUACCUCACCUAUAGCCCAUGCUUGGGCUCCCCCCUCCUCACUGGAUCCGUACCCUUCGACAUGGAUGUCCCACCGUCCCUCGACCCGGAGGAUUGUUGUUUCUUGGCGCAUUGAAGGAGGAGAAGGGGAAGGGGAAGGAAUCAUGCCGGGACUGCUAAUGGAUUUAGGGAAAGCGCAAGUGACCAUGCCGUGAUCUUGCGCAUCCAGGGCCGCCGUCACCCUGCCUUGCCCAACGACCGUAGAAGAAUUACGGGGGAAUCGAACCCGCGCACCGGGUGGAUUAAACCACUGUGCAUUUUUUUAAAAACAACAUGAAGAUUACCUCCCAUCAUCUGAUGAUAACCAGUCUCGUUUUCAGGUCCAACCUCAGGCUGAUCCCGCUUCUGCUGCUGUUUCUUGGUUACUCUCGCGGGAUGCCACACGUUUUAAGAUUUGGAGGAAUAUUUGAAUCCAUUGAGAGCGGCCCCUCCGGAGCAGAGGAACUAGCUUUUAAAUUUGCCUUGAACACAAUCAACAGGAACCGCACCUUGCUCCCCAACACCACGCUGACCUAUGACAUCCAGAGAAUAAACAUCUUCGACAGCUUUGAGGCCUCCAGGAAAGCAUGUGAUCAACUUUCCCUCGGGGUGGCGGCCAUUUUUGGCCCCUCACACAGCUCGUCGGCCAAUGCAGUCCAAUCCAUCUGCAACGCUUUGGGAGUGCCCCACGUCCAGACCAAGUGGAAGCAUCAAGUGUCAGACAACAGGGACUCGUACUAUGUCAGCCUGUACCCUGACUUCUCCUCCCUCAGUAGAGCCAUCCUCGACCUGGUGCACUUCUUCAAGUGGAGAACGGUCACUGUGGUGUAUGACGACAGCACAGGUACAGGUCUCAUUCGACUUCAGGAGCUGAUCAAGGCGCCGUCACGAUACAACAUUCGUUUGAAGAUCCGACAGCUGCCCACAGAGACCAAGGACGCCAAACCACUUCUGAAGGAGAUGAAGAAGGCAAAGGAGUUCCAUGUCAUCUUUGAUUGUGGACAUGAGAUGGCUGCUUGGAUCCUAAAACAGGCCCUGGCAAUGGGUAUGAUGACAGAAUACUACCAUUAUAUUUUUACUACCCUGGACCUUUUUGCCCUCGACAUGGAGCCGUAUCGUUAUAGUGGAGUGAACAUGACAGGGUUCCGCAUCCUCAACACAGAAAACUCUCAGGUGUCGUCAAUCAUCGAGAAGUGGUCAAUGGAGCGGCUUCAAGCCCCACCCAAACCGGACUCAGGCCUGCUAGAUGGAUUCAUGACGACGGAUGCGGCGCUGAUGUACGACGCCGUGCACGUCGUGGCGGUCGCAGUGCAACAGUCGCAGCAGAUCACGGUCAGCUCUCUGCAGUGUAACCGCCACAAGCCGUGGCGCUUCGGGGGGCGUUUCAUCGGCCUCAUCAAAGAGGCUCACUGGGAUGGUUUGACAGGACGUGUUCUCUUCAAUAAGACCAAUGGACUGAGGACAGAUUUCGACCUGGACGUCAUCAGUCUGAAGGAGGAGGGGUUGGAAAAGAUUGGAACAUGGGAUCCUCCCAGCGGACUGAAUAUGACAGAGACUCACAAAAGCAAAACAUCCAACAUCACAGACUCUCUGGCUAACAAAUCCCUCCGUGUAUCCACCAUACUGGAGGAGCCAUAUGUGAUGUUUAAGAAGUCGGACAAGCCUCUGUAUGGGAACGACCGUUUCGAGGGGUACUGUAUCGACCUGCUGAGAGAGCUCUCUGGCAUCCUUGGUUUCCGCUAUGAGGUACGAUUAGUGGAAGAUGGGAAAUACGGCGCACUGGACGAGGGCACGGGACAAUGGAACGGCAUGGUGCGGGAGCUCAUGGACCAUAAAGCGGACCUGGCGGUGGCUCCUCUGGCCAUUACCUAUGUCAGAGAGAAGGUCAUCGACUUCUCAAAGCCCUUCAUGACGCUCGGGAUAAGUAUCCUCUACCGCAAGCCCAACGGCACCAACCCCGGAGUCUUCUCCUUCCUGAACCCCCUCUCGCCUGAUAUCUGGAUGUAUAUUCUGCUGGCUUGCUUGGGUGUCAGUUGUGUGCUGUUUGUCAUAGCCAGGUUUAGCCCUUAUGAGUGGUACAACCCGCACCCGUGCAACCCAGACUCGGAUGUGGUGGAAAACAAUUUUACGCUGCUCAAUAGUUUCUGGUUUGGAGUUGGGGCUCUCAUGCAGCAAGGCUCAGAACUCAUGCCCAAGGCCCUGUCAACUCGAAUAGUCGGAGGCAUCUGGUGGUUCUUCACCCUCAUCAUCAUUUCCUCAUACACGGCCAACUUGGCUGCUUUCCUCACUGUGGAGCGGAUGGAGUCGCCCAUAGACUCAGCUGAUGACCUGGCCAAGCAAACUAAAAUCCUGUAUGGGGUUGUAGAGGACGGCGCCACCAUGACCUUCUUCAAGAAAACAAAAAUCUCCACCUACGACAAGAUGUGGGAGUUCAUGAACAGCAGGAGGCAAUCUGUGAUGGUCAAGAAUGUGGACGAGGGCAUCCAGCGCGCUUUGACCUCGGACUAUGCCUUCCUCAUGGAGUCCACCACCAUCGAGUUUGUCACCCAGCGCAACUGCAACCUCACACAGAUCGGAGGCCUCAUAGACUCCAAAGCCUACGGAGUGGGAACACCAAUGGGCUCCCCGUACAGAGACAAGAUCACGAUAGCCAUUCUGCAGCUGCAGGAGGAAGGGAAGCUGCACAUGAUGAAGGAGAAGUGGUGGAGAGGGAACGGCUGUCCCGAGGAGGAGAGCAAAGAGGCCAGCGCUCUGGGGGUGCAGAACAUCGGUGGGAUCUUCAUCGUGCUGGCUGCAGGACUGGUGCUGUCAGUGUUUGUGGCUGUGGGGGAGGUCCUUUAUAAGUCGAAACAGAACGCCCAGCUGGAGAAGCGAUCAUUCUGCAGUGCCAUGAUGGACGAGCUGCGCGUGUCUCUGAAGUGCCAACGUCGUCUCAAACAGAAGCCUCAGCCGCCCGUCAUCGUUAAGACAGAGGAGGUCAUUAACAUGCACACGUUCAACGAUAGGAGACUCCCAGGAAAGGAAACCAUGGCAUGAACGCUGAGCAUACCCCUCAAUUUAAAAACACGGAGGGGAGGG